UUAUACUAAUAGUGUUUUCUUUUUAAAUUCCCGUUAGGCUUUAGAAAAAGGAAAAAAAAGAAAAGCACUGUGGGAAAAUAAAAAUUUCCCCCCCUUUGAUCUGUCUUAUAACAUAGGCAAAAUCAAAGUAGAAAAUCUAAUUCUUCAAUGGCGUCCCUGUGGUUGAACUCAAUGCAAAUGGGGCUUACGCAAUCAAAGGCAGAUUCAUGAAUAUGAAUGCUGAAGCUUCGGGUUUUAAAUUUAGAUAUUGGUGACUGAGUUCUUGUUGCUGGCCUUGGCUUAUACAUCUAAAGAAGAAGAGCCUUCAGUGAGAUAGAGAAAAUGGAGAGCAAUAAGGAAGACGCCUUCAGAGCUAAGCAGAUUGCAGAGAAGAAGUUCAUUGAGAGGGACAUUUCUGGGGCCAAAAGAUUUGCAAUGAAGGCCCAUAACUUGUGUCCUGGACUUGAUGGUCUUUCUCAAUUUUUAGCAACACUUAAUGUGUACAUCUCUGCUGAGAGAAGAAUGCAUGGGGAAACAGAUUGGUAUAGGGUUCUUGGUGUAGAUCCAUUGGCUGACGAUGACACAAUCCGGAAACAUUAUAGGAAACUGGCUCUGAUCCUUCAUCCUGAUAAGAACAAAUCAGUUGGUGCUGAAGGGGCCUUUAAGAUUCUAUCUGAAGCCUGGAGUUUGUUAUCUGAUAAAACCAAGAGAAAUGCUUAUGACCAGAAGCGGACUUUAUGCAAUAGGUUUCAGAAAGUUCCAGAUUUGAAUUCUCCAAUGCCAGCUGGUCAGAAUAGUUUCCGUAAUUUCUUCUGCGAUAACAAGUCAAAUACAAUUCAGAAGAGUGCAUACCCAAAGCCUGUUCCACCUCCCCAAUUUUCCAAUCCUAACACCUUUGUGACAAUCUGCAAGUUUUGCAAAUUAGGAUUUGAGUACCACAUAUCUUUUGCCCAGAGCACCGUUGUCUGCUACAACUGCAAUUCUCCUUUCGUUGCCGUUGAGAUUCCACGCUCACCUAUGAAUGGCAAUGAUCCACCUAGCACAUGGACUCCUUACAUGCAAGGGUUGAAUGAUGCUCAGCGAUCAAGACCUGAAGACUUAUAUGCUUCAGGAAUGAGGCCGGUGUCUACGCCAAAUUUAGGACCAGUAACUCAGUCAGGCAUAUUUGGUAAGGUGGGCAGUUUUGCAGGCGUGCCAUCAGCAGCUCGAGAAAAUAAUAUAAGACGGGAGUCCCUUCUUAAGCAAACUGGCAGUUACAAGGUAGCAGGCGCCAGUUUAGCUGCUGGAUCUUCUAAUGCUAGUGUCAUUUCUACAUCAAAAGGAGAUGGACUGAAGAAGAGAAGACGCAUUGGUGAACACAGGGUGAAACGUACAGCCAAUCAAAUUACAAACAGAAAUGGAGGAGUUGGGAGUCAAAAGGGUUGUUUUGAAAUGGGAUGGCGAAACAUUUCUAGAAGUAAUAAUAGUACGAGGGAGUUGUCACAGCUGGAGCUUCGAAACAUGUUGAUGGAGAAGGCUAAGAUGGAUAUUCGCAUGAAGCUAAAGGGCUGCAGCAUUCCGACUGCUGUAUCAAUGACUUCAGGGAAGGAGAUGGAGAAGGAAGAGAAAGCAAAGCAAAAGGCUUCUUUAACUAGCAUGAACACUGAGGGAAACAAAUGCCCGGAGUUUGUGGAUACGAAGACCAGAGUUCAAGCGGAGCUGUCCAUGGCCAACUUUGAUGAUUAUCCUGACACAAAGGGUACUCAUCCAUUGUCAAUGGCUGUUCCAGAUCCAGAUUUUCAUAAUUUUGACAAGGAUCGCACAGAAAAAUCAUUUGGAGAUAACCAGGUUUGGGCUGCAUAUGAUGAUGAUGAUGGGAUGCCUAGAUAUUAUGCUAUUAUUCACAGGGUGAUAUCAAGGAGACCAUUGAGAAUGCAGAUCAGUUGGCUGAAUUCCAAAAGCAAUCGUGAAUUGGCUCCAUUAAACUGGAUCGGUGCCGGUUUUUACAAGACCAGUGGAGUCUUCUGGAUAGGCAAGCAUGAAGUUAACAAGUCUCUUAAUUCUUUUUCGCACAAGGUUAAGUGGGCAAAGGGCAAAAGAGGGACGAUUCAAAUAUAUCCAAGGAAAGGCGACGUAUGGGCUCUAUAUAGGAAUUGGUCUCCUGAUUGGAAUGAGCUUACACCAGAUGAAGUGAUACAUAAGUAUGACAUGGUGGAAGUGCUUGAAGAUUACGAGGAGGAGAGAGGUGUGACUGUUGCUCCUCUUAUGAAAGUUUAUGGUUUCAAGACAGUGUUUUGCCGGCAUUCUGACUCCAGUAAAACAAAGACAAUUCCAAGAGAGGAUCUGUUUCGGCUUUCUCACCAGGUUCCUUCUUAUCCGCUUACAGGUCAAGAAGGUCUUAAUGUUCCCAGCGGUUGUUUGGAACUUGAUCCUGCAUCUAUGCCUUCGGAACUACUCAACAUGUUACCAGAAGUUCAGGAGGAAGAAAUGGGGGAGAAUGCUGAAAGGACAAGGGAUCCACUUGGGGAUAUGAAAACAUCUAAGGAGCAGUUGGUGGAAGAUGGUGAAAUGAAGGAAAAAGAUGCAAAAAAAGAUGUAGCAGAAGUGAGGAUGGAUAAGGGGAAGGAACUCAAGGUAGAAAAGUUAAUUGUGUACAAAAGGAAGCGACAGAGGAACUAGGUGAACUAACAGUUAUAGCCCCAAAGGAAAAGAGUUAGAAAAGCCAUUGCAGAAACUAUUUAGCAGUUGUUUUUUUUUUUUUUUUUUUUUUUCAAUUUAUUGGUGGGUUACAGUUUUGUUUUUGUAGUUAUGGGGUGCCCCUGAGACUUAUCUCAGCUGCAUCUAUAGCAUAAAAACAGAUCUUGAAAGGCUGAAAGUUACAUACAGGAUUACUGGCCAGUUAAUAGCUUAGCAACCAGUAAGCUAAUUUGCUGCCCGCCUGCUUUUAUUAUGUUUUUAAAUACAGUUGGUCAAUUUUGUGCUCA